AUACGCAGCUUCCAUCAUGAGCAAUGUUUCUCACCAGCAGACGAGCAAAGGCUUGACAUUUGCAGAGAAGCAGUUGAAGAGGCACGGCUGGAAAAAAGGUAAAGGACUGGGCAAGAAAGAGAAUGGGAUCUCUGAGGCCAUCAAAGUCAAAGUGAAGUGUGACACUGCUGGGGUGGGUCACGAUUCAGCUGAGCAGUUCACCUUCCACUGGUGGGACCACCUCUUCAAUUCGUCCGCCGCCAAUAUCGCUGUCGAGGCUGGACAGGAUGGUGUUAAAGUGAAACGGGUUUCCAAGCAAGAUGGAAUGAUAACAAAUAAAAAACCCCGUAAAGCGCCAGGGGACAAGGACAUGCUGUACGGCCGCUUUGUGAAGGCAGCCACGUUGACAUCCGGCAGAGAGGAGCCGCUGAAGCCGGCUUCCUCUUCCGACAGCAGCGAAGAGGAUGAGGAGAAACUGGACCUGUCCACAGCUCGGAGGCUCACAGAUGAAGAACUGGUCCAGGCUUGCGGGGGACGUACAGCACAUAAAGGAGCUCGCCAUGGCUUGACCAUGAGUGCGAAGUUAGCUCGCCUGGAAGAGCAGGAAAAGGCUUUCUUGGCCAGCUAUGGUAAGAAGGAUGGAGCACCUGAGGCUGCUCUGGAUAGUAGCAGCAGCCGCCAGGCUGAAAGACUGAAUCCGACCAAGAGGAAGAAGCGGAAGAAAGCAAGAGAGAGAGACUUGGAGGAUGCCGUUUGUGAGAAUGGGCAGGUUGCAGGAGAAGAGGCGCCAUUGGUUGAUCGAGAGAAGAAAGCCAAGAGGAGGAAAAAGAAAGGAAAAAGGAGGCAGCAGCAACAGGAGGGUGAAGAGGAUGGAGAAUGA